AUGGCACAUGCUCGAGGAGGUGAUUUCAUGUUCUGUGACUUGUGUGGAACGAUGAUGUUCUUAUAUUCAACCGAGUGUAUCGAAUGUCCUUUGUGCAAAUUUAAGAAAAGUGCAAAAGAUGUAAGAGAAAGAGAAAUAAGUUAUCAAGUCAGUUCUGAGGAUAUGAGGAGGGAUCUAGGCAUCUCACAUUUUGAAGGAAAGAUGGAGGUGAAGGACAUGGAGAUAAAUAAGAAAUGUGAAAGAUGCGGCCACACAAAGCUUAAAUUUUCAACCAGACAAAUGAGAUCAGCAGACGAGGGCCAAACUACUUUCUUUCAUUGUGCUAACUCUCUUCCUGUUGCAAGUAAUGCAAAUGUUCUCAAAAUUUGUGGGUUUGAUUCAAUCUAUCAGCUUGGCGAUUCCAUAUCUGACACUGGCAAUUUCAUCCAGGAGAGCCCUUCAUCUGUGUUUGCUCGGUUUCCUUACGGCGAAGCAUUUAAGAAUAAGUCCACUGGUAGAUGCUCAGAUGGGAUGCUAAUGAUUGAUUUCUUCGCAAUGUCAGCCGGUCUUCCACUGCUUGACGCCUACUUGAAUCCGAAUGCAGCAUUCGGUCGCGGCCGUGGAGUGAACUUUGCAGUAGCUGGCUCGACUGCCUUGCCUGUCAAUGUUCUAGCCGAAAGGAAAAUCCAAUCUCCUGCUACCAAUAAUUCACUGAGCACACAACUUGACUGGAUGUUCACUCAUUUCAAUUCGAUGUGCUACAAUGAUCAAGAUUGUGCUGAGAAACUUAAAAGUUCCCUGUUCAUGGUUGGGGAGAUUGGAGGUAAUGACUAUAAAUUUGCAUUGUUUCAAGGCAAAACGAUGGAUGAGGUGAAAGAUAUGGUGCCUGAUGUCGUUCAAGCCAUUAAAGAGGCUGUGAAGAGAGUUAUUAGUUAUGGUGCUAGACGAGUGGUUGUCCCUGGAAUUUUUCCAAUAGGUUGUUUUCCAAUCUAUCUGACCGGAUUCCGGACCAACUAUACCGAGGCUUACGAUAAAUUUAACUGUCUAAAAGGACUGAAUAAACUUUCUACUUAUCACAAUGAUCAUCUCAAGCAAGCCAUAGAAGAAUUGAAAAAAGAACACCCUCAUGUGGCCAUAGCAUAUGGUGAUUAUUACAAUGCAUUCCAGUGGAUUUUGAGUCAUGCUUCAUUGCUUGGUUUUGAUGCCAAAUCGGUACAAAAUGCUUGUUGUGGGACUGGAGGAGAUUAUGAUUUUAGUCUCAGGACAAUGUGUGGAGAUCAUGGAGUACCGGUUUGCGGUCAACCUCGUCGAUAUAUCAGCUGGGAUGGAGUUCAUUUGACUCAAAAGGCUUAUCAAAAUAUGGCAGUAUGGAUCCUUAAAGACAUCUUUCCAAAGCUUCAAUGCUCUUUCUGA